GGAGAGGGGAGGGGGCGGCUUUGUGAGAAUCAAAAAGACAUAACAGAGAAUCGGGAGAAAGAGAGAGAAGUAAUAAUGGGUCCUCAUGGAGAUGAAUCAAGUGACAUCGAGAAAUCUGAGGAGAGUCGUCCUAGUCGACCAAUCUCCACAGUCGUCUUCGUCAUCGCUAUGCAAGCGGAGGCUCAACCUUUGGUCAACAAGUUUGGACUCUCUGAAACCAUUUCUGAUUCUCUGGUUGGUGGUAAAGGAUUGCCAUGGGUUCUGUAUCAAGGCUUUCAUAAAGAUCUUCAUAUCUAUGUUGUCUGCCCCGGCAAAGAUCCUGCUUCAGGGGUUGAUAGUGUUGGAACUGUUCCAUCUUCUCUCGUUACCUUUGCUUCUAUCCAAGCUUUAAAACCUGAUCUUCUUAUCAAUGCCGGUACCUGCGGUGCCUUUAAGGUUAAAGGAGCCAACAUUGGCGAUGUAUUCCUUGCCUCUGAUGUUGUCUUCCACGACCGUAGAAUACCUAUCCCUAUGUUUGAUCUGUAUGGAGUUGGUCUACGUCCGGCAUUCUCAACCCCCAAUCUCCUCAAGGAACUCAGUUUGAAGAUUGGCAGGUUAUCUACCGGUGACUCGUUGGAUAUGUCCACACAAGAUGAAACAUUGAUCAUUGCCAAUGAUGCGACUAUCAAGGACAUGGAGGGUGCUGCUGUUGCGUACGUUGCUGAUCUUUUGAAAGUGCCAGUAAUAUUCUUAAAAGCAGUGACUGAUCUGAUCGACGGAGACAAACCAACGGCAGAAGAAUUCUUGCAGAACUUGGCACUUGUGACCUCUGCGCUAGAAGAAAAUGCCACUAAUGUCAUCAACUUCAUCAAUGGGAAAAGCCUUUCAGACCUCUAAUUCUGUACUUUUGUGUUUUCUUUUACCAAGCAAACCAGGCUUGAUUCUUCAAGAUACUAUAAUCUCAUUUCUGGUGAUUACACUUCUCCACAAUAUCGACUUCAGUUUUUGAGACAUGCCCUUGUUUUGUUUCAAGUGUUCUAUCAAUUUGGCCAUGGCCAUCUUUUAGGUUUGCUA